UGAUUGUGUGUUGUCUCCGCUGACGGCUCAUUACGGGGGUGUGUGUGAUGAUGAUGAUGAUGGAGAGGAGGAGCGUGAGGAGCCGGACUCCUGCAGCUGUGGAUCAGACCUCAGUCAUGGAGAGCGUCUUUGGAGGACUGACCGCCGCUGUCUUCCUCAACACCUGGACACAGCUGAGCCGAGAUGACGGACUCAUGGAGCGCAGGAGACUGGAAGACUUCUUACGCUGCUUGAUGAAGACGCUGAAGACCCGUGGCGUGUCGGAGCAGCAGCUGCAUGCUCUCAGAGACACUCUCGGGGUCCGCUGUGACCCCACCGGAGACGGACGGCUGCAGAUGGAGAAGGUGGCGGCUGAGCUUCUGCCCGAGCAGGAGAACUUCCUGUUGCUGUUCCGCCAGGAGACGCCGCUGGACAACAGUGUGGAGUUCAUGAGGAUCUGGCGCUGCUAUGACACCGACAGCAGCGGAUACAUCUCUGCCGCUGAGCUGAAGAGUUUCCUGCGGGAUCUUUUCCAUCAGCACAACAAACAGAUCACUACAAGCAAACUGGAGGAGUACACUGAUACCAUGAUGAAGAUGUUUGACAAGAACCAGGACGGCCGUCUGGAUCUGAAUGAUUUGGCGAGGAUCCUGGCGUUGAAGGAGAACUUCCUGCUGAAGUUUGAGAUGGAGGCCUGUAGUCACGAGGACCGCCGGAGAGACUUCGAGAAGAUCUUCACUCACUAUGACGUGAGUAACACUGGUGCUCUGGAGGGUGCGGAGGUCGAUGGUUUCGUCAAAGACAUGAUGGAGCUGGUGAAGCCCAGUCUCUGCGGCUCAGAUCUGGACAAGUUCAAGCAGGUUCUUCUGGGUCACUGUGACAUCAACAGAGACGGAAAGAUCCAGAAGAACGAGCUGGCGCUGUGUCUGGGGCUCAAGCUCAGUCCCUGAUGUGUGUGUGUG